UUUGGCUCCAGCCGGAUGCGGGAGCCCCAGGCUCCAGGACAGAAAUCGCGCCAUUGCCGGCAUGGCAUGGAAAUUGCCCAAGCUUUUGUCUCUUCUCGCUGUGCUUGCGUACGCGGUUGCCGAAGAAGAGGAUGAAGAAGCAGCCUAUAGCGAGGCUUUGGCCAACUCAGAGGAUGCCACAGGCAGCGAAGACAUUGGUUCAUCCCAAACACCAUCUUCUGUCUACGUCAUGGAACAUGGAGUCCUGGGUGAUGCUGUGAAAUGGAUGCCCAGAGGAACCAUGAUGCUCUCCGGCCAUGGGGCAGGCUACGAAGCGCGGCUUUCCGAUGCAAAGGAGUUCGUGCAGCUGAAGCCCCAAUUGCAACAGAUGAUCAGUGAGGCUGCAGGCAAAGAUCAAUACUACGCCAUCCGCAUGUACAACCCAGCAAGCCCAAAGAGGACGCUACAAGCGGCCAUCCCCAUGAAGCUCCUUGCAGACCACUUCGAGGACUGGCACGACAUCCUGGAGGUGUUUGUCAGUGAUGCUGGAAUACCAGUAGCUCUAUCCUACAGGGUCAAGCACACUCUUGGGUUGAUGCUUUUUGACCAUACGCAAGUCCACCUCUCCGAGCCGUCUCGCCUUGAAGGGCCGCGAGUGCAAGCGGCUGUGCGGGAAGCGGAUGGAAGCAUCAAGACGCAAGAAGCGCCACAGCAACAGUCCUUCCUCCGGAAGUAUUGGUGGGUCAUCGCCAUAGCAGUCCUCCUCUUCUCUAGCAUGGGAGAUGAUGGGAAAGGCCGUCCUGGUGGAGGCGGUGGCGGUGGAGGUGGAGGUGGAGGUCGUGGAGGUGGACGAUGAGAGAGAGACGAAUGAGUGUGUGCAGCGGGUGGUUUGGAGAUAGAAGCUAGGCCUUGAAAGAAUAGAGCUCAGGGCCUUGUGCUGUGCCAUGUACUGGAGACAAAACAAGGUUGACAAAAGAGAAAAGAAGAAGUUGCAGUGCUGUAGUGCUGUGCUGUCACAAGUCACGGUUUCAGGGAAGGAGGUGGUGAUAUGUACAUUGUAC